CGUUCGGGCUCGUGGUGCAAAUAAUCCUAACUAUAUUUCCUUAAAAACUGAACAAAUUCGAGCUUCAGGAUGGAGUUCACAGACGACGUUGUGUAUUCCCUAAUUCUGAUAUUUUCUGUCCCACUGGGAUUGUUGGUGAAACCAGUGUCAUCUCCAGAACUUAAGAAAGUCGUUUGUACAGUGGUUGGACUAGUUGUAGCGUUAAUUACUAUUGGUGGUCACAUUAUUCAUGUCGUAGUCGUUACAAUUGUCAGCAUUGUGAUUAUCAGAGUGGUGGGUCCAAGAAAAUGUCAUUUCUGCACAUUUGUAUGGUGCUUUGGAUACCUUGCUUUCUUCAGAACAUGUCACUAUUUUGGAAUACCAAAGGUUUCGCCAUUGUCAAAUGCAGUGCAACUUUUUGUAACACUUAGGGUAGUUGGAUUAGGAUUUGAAAUUCAUGAUUCCUGUUCGGAGUUGUCCACCAAAGAUGAUUUAGAUGAAGAGAAAGAGCUGUGGAGAGAGUACAAGUACAUCAGUCCAUCUGCUGUUGAUAUGUUUCAGUAUUCUUUCUGCUACAUUGGACAAUUUACAGGUCCCUAUUAUAAGUACAGAACCUACCAUGAUAUGGUGAACACCACCAGUAUAGCCAAUAUUCCAUCUAUACAGGAAAUGCUACGCAGGAUAAAGGAUGUACCCCUCAUUGGAAUUGCCUACAUUUUCUUUUCAUACUUUUUCAACAUCACAUACACUCAAACUGAAGAAUUCUAUGACAAUCCUUUUUGGUUCCGAUUGUUUUAUAUGAUGCCAAUGUUCAUCAUAUUUCGUACACGUCUUUACAUGGCAUGGAUUCUAUCUGAGUGCAUGUGCAUGACCAUUGGACUGGGAGCAUAUCCACGAGCCAGUAAACCAAAGUGUGGACAGGGCCCUACAGAUUUAAAGGAGUACCAUAAAUGCAUGAAGUCUGAGAAACCAACAGAAUAUGACUAUGAGACUAUACAUAACUUGUCCAUAUAUGGGUGUGAGUUGGGACGAACAACAAAAGAAGGCCUCAGGAGUUGGAACAUGACGGUUCAGUACUGGUUGGCAGCCUAUUGCCACCGCAGGAUUCCAAACUCACUCAAAGCAUAUAGGGUCGCAAUAACAAUGACAAUAAGUGCCUUUUGGCAUGGCAUAUACCCCGGAUAUUACCUCAGCUUUCUAUUGGUACCAGUUAUUCUUCUGGCAGAGGACAGCAUGAUAUCGGCUUUCAGGAGAGGAUCACACACACAGCAGAAAUGGUUUGACUGGGCCUGCUGGUUUUUCAAGAUGCGUGGUUUUGACUAUAUGUGUAUGGGUUUUCUGCUUUUGAGGCUAGACUAUACUCUAACUUACUGGAAGUCAGUCUACUUCAUUGGUCACUGUGUGACUGUGCUGUUCUUGAUCACUGGAACAUUGUGUCGGAGUAAAUCCAUGGACAAGAAAAGCUGAAAAUGAUUAUAGAAAACAUUAGAAAAAGUGUACUAUUACAUUUAUACAGUAUUGUUUCAUAACCAUUUAAAUUUCACUGGUAUGUAUGAAACUGAUAAGACCAGGCUUGAAUUUGGGUAGACAGGUGGGUAGAUUUCUUUUCAAAAUUUAAAAAAUAUUAGCCUAUAGUAGUUUAUUGUGAUUUCUCACACUCAGGGCUCAGCACUAAGGUAUGUCCAAGUCAAAGUCAUGUUAGAUUUUUUCUUCUUCAAAAAACAAAAAUAUUUAUGAGAAUACCUUCAUAACAUUUAGGAUGUUAUUUCUCAGCAAAUUUUGUAAGAAAUUUUCAUUUGCAUUGAUUGUUUUCUGCUAAAUUGUAUCAUGGUAAAUCAUAUGUUUGUCUGCAUUUUCUUUGAUGGUACUCAGUCAAUAAAUAUUAGCUCACAGCUAAGUGAGCUUUCCUAAUCAACCAUUUUUCUGUUUGUAAACUGUCACAUUUUCAACUUUAUGGCCAAUUUCAUCCAUACCAAGAACAGAGCAUCCUUAGAGUAAGGAGAUUCAAAGGAGUAUAGUGCACUUGGUAUACAAUUUCGCCAACAUCAAUACUUUUUUCUUGAAUAUCAGUUUUUACAAAUAUUCUGCUAUACAAUGUCAGUUUAUACUUCCGUUUAUCCAAAUUACUUAAUAAAGAUAUCUAUAUGUU